AUGUCUUACGUCCCCCGAGAAUCCUCCGAAGCGCUCCUUCUGGCUGAACGAGUGGCCCCACGUCUCUCCCAUUCUAACUCCUCCGUCGUCUUGACGUGCAUCCGGGUCAUAUUAUAUUUUAUGAACUACAUUGCAGACGAAAAACAGGUCACAUCACUUUCCCGAAAGCUCUCACCGCCUCUCGUCACAUUACUGUCAAAGGGGCCCGAAGUCCAAUACCUGGCGCUACGAAAUGCAAUUUUGAUAUUACAAAGGCGACCGGAGGUGCUGCGGAAUGACAUCAGAGUGUUCUUUUGCAAAUAUAAUGACCCCAUUUAUGUUAAGGUGACCAAGCUAGAGUUGAUCUUUAUGCUGGCAUCUAAGGAUAACAUAUCAGUGGUCCUGACUGAACUUCGAGAAUACGCCACAGAAAUCGAUGUUCACUUCGUACGAAAGGCUGUACGCGCAAUUGGAAAGCUAGCAAUCAAGAUAGAAUCCGCAUCACGACAGUGUAUCGAGACUUUGCUCGAGCUUGUCAAUGCUAAAAUUCCCUAUAUCGUGCAGGAAGCCACGGUUGUGAUCCGCAACAUCUUCCGCAAAUACCCAAACCAGUAUGAAUCAAUCAUUACCACUGUUAUUCAGAACAUCGACGAGCUGGAUGAACCUGAGGCCAAGGCUGCCGUGAUAUGGAUCAUUGGCCAGUACGCAGACAGAAUUGACAACUCGGACGCUUUCCUACAGGAUUACCUGGCUACUUUCCAUGACGAGUCGGUGGAAGUACAACUAGCUCUUCUCACAGCCACAGUCAAACUAUUUAUCCAGCGUCCCACAAAGGGUCAAGAAUUGGUUCCUCAAGUCCUCAAAUGGUGCACAGAGGAGACAGACGAUCCCGACCUUCGAGAUAGAGGCUUUAUGUACUGGCGACUACUAUCUACAGACCCGGAAACAGCUAGGAAAAUCGUCAUGGGUGAGAAACCUCCUAUUACAGCCGACAGGGAAAAACUGGACCCGAGGACGCUCGAAGAACUGUGCCUAAAUGUAGGAACCCUUGCUACCGUCUAUCUUAAGCCCGUCCAACAAGUCUUCCGGCUAGCCAGACCGAAACGGCUCGCUCCAAGCCCUGCGCUCCAACAACCCACUUAUCAAGACUCUCACGAUACUCCAUUCCAUAUACCUCUAUCUACCCUCCUAUCUCCCAGUCAGGAACCUGAUGCAAAUGCUCAAUCUAUCUCACCAAACCCCGGCAUGGCCCAGAAGCCAGAUAUAAGCGCUGCUGUGAAUGCUGCUGACAUUUACUUUGCUGGGAUCGGUAACGACCAAGUAGCUGACCAAAUGGCAGCUAUGAACCUAGGUGGUGGUGGCGUUCAUGGUGGUGAUAUGGUUGCGACCGCACCAGAGAGCCAGUACAUAGUGAGUCAGAACCAACAGCAGGCUUAUCAACAUAAUAUGGGCGGUGCUACAGGAGAAGUACUCCUUAUAUAA